UUUUCUUGAUCUUAGGACUCUGUUUAAUGAGUAUAGAUAAAUUACAAAUUAAUUGCACCACUACCCACUCUGGUUCUCUAACACGUUUCCACGGCACGCUUCUCUUUUACACACUCCUCAAUACUGUAACUUAAGUGGUUAUUUCUCUGCUGACUUGUUUGAUACUUGUGAAAGCCAGGGACCACGUCCUCUUAGUCACCACCAUACCCCCAGUGCCCGGUCCAGUGCUUGUUAUAUAACAGACCCUCAAUUAUUAUGUAGGAAUGAAUGAAUAAAGACGAGCGCUCUGGAAGACUCGAAGCACCUAGGCCUUCUCAGCCUUCUCUCUGCCCCUCCAAACCAGAAUCUCAGUCAAGGACUUUGCUAGAGUUUCCCUGAACAUCUCUAACAAUUGUGCCAGGUGGGUCUACGGAAACCAAGCGUGUUCCCAAGAAGCACACUCCCAAAGCCAUUUAGACUAUCAUCUGGAAAGAGACCUGGCAAAUACCUCCUUUAUACAGGGGAGGAAACUGAGGUUUAUAGAAACGAAGAAAUAAAACGAUGUGAUUGACAUCACAUACAUUACCGAAUAGUACUACCCAGCAUUUAAGACCCUUUUGUUGCUUCUUAGAUCCAUAAUACCCUAUGACACGAAGCUGACAAUAUACUUUGAGAGUUUGUUGAUCCAAGUGAAUAAAUUCCUUGAUUCUCCCAACCCAUCAACAAAAAGUCCACAGUAGAAAUAAGGGUUACAAAUUAUUGUGAUACAUGAAACUUGUGUGUAAAAUUUUGUGAUUAUUGCCCUCUUUUAUUCUCACUUAUAUUUUCACUCAAAAUUAUCCUACUCAAUAAUGCUUUAAUCUUUUAAAUAAGACUUUAUUCUUACUAAAGUCUAGAAUUUGAAAUUUUCUGUAAAUGUCCAUUCUUAGAUCACUAGGUCAUGUCAACUAUCGUGGGUUUGUGUAUGUGUGUUUUCUUUUCUCAUCUAGAUACGCAACUCACAAAUGAAAAGCAUGCAGAGGAGAAACCCAUUAAUGCUAUCGUUAUAAAUUCAGUAUCCGAAUUCAAUAUCACAGAUGGACCAGCCAAGGAAACCCCCAGUGAGAAAAAACUGUCAGAAUCCAGCACAUCACUGUCCUCCCUUGAAGAAUGCCAAGCGAAAUUCUCCUACCUCCAAACUGAUACUUCAGUUCAUCAGAGAGACACUGAUGAGGAGUGCGCUUCUCUCAUCCUCACCUGUCUGUUUUGCCAGUUUUGGGACUGUCUGCUGAUGCUCCCGGAUACGUGCGAAACGGUGUGUAUCAACCUGUGCUGCCCCUCUCACAGGUAUCACCAUACCUCAGAUGAAAGCCACUCUCGGAAUGAUUGUAACUGUAACUGUGAUGUGGACUGCAGCCUUUUUGAAUCUUGCCACGAGACCAGCGAGUGUCUGGAGCUGGCCAUGGAGAUUUCAGAAAUCUGUUACCGCUAGUGCCACGAAGGAACCACGUGCUGGCAGACCCUUUGGCCGCACAGGGAAAUUGCAUUGCAAUGAGACUGUGAUUUCCAUGUGCUGAUCUGUAAGGACUGUACACAUUUUUUGGAUGCUAUCGACCAUUUUAUUCUGCACCUGUCUAGGAAAGCUAGUAUUGUCAACUCAACCGUCUUAUUCCAAAUUCCACAACCGCAUGGCUCGCUGAAAAAUAAGAUCUUGAUCACACGUGAUGAACAAAUCUUAAAAACCUCUUAAAUGCCAUAGGUACAAGAUGUUUCUUGACUACAAAUAGCAUGCUAAACACUCUUGUUAUUGCGCUCAUUGGCUUGCAUCAUGGAUUCAACUUCAUUCACAAAUUCAGGACAAAUUAGUGCAUUCUUUUAGAAUUGACACACAUUAGAUUGUCUUUCUAAUGGACUCAUGCAUAAACAUUAUGCAUUGUUGGUUAUUAAUAAUGUAUUGUAUAACAUCAUUUUGUAAUUAAAAAUUUAUUUAUACAGUCUCUUAAAAUUCACUUAUAUGUACAGUUUAGGUAGGAAAGGGAAUUAAAUGAAUUAGAAACCAUGUUCCUGUAAUUACAACAGAUGUCUCUAAGACAUCUCCCGUGAAUUUUGAAUAUGAUGUACUUCGAGAAAGUACUGUAAUUCUAGAUCAUAUUAUUAUACUUCUAUGACUAUGUCAUAACAGGUUAUGCAUAUUCUUAAUUUGUUACAGAAAGGCUCUUCUUUAUUCUAAUGAGCAUAAAUGGGAAUUAUGUGCAAGUUUCAAGAAAAUGACCCCAGAUAAUCAAUUCUUCAUUUUCCUCAUUUCUGUUGGGUACAAUAAGCAAGAGGACAUUAAAACAGAAUCAGUUCAUUUUACUAAACUUUAUCAUUUGUAUAGGCACCCAAAAGAAAUACAUGUGCAGGGAUGUAUUCAGCACUGACUUUCCUAAUACAGCAUGUGCUUCAAAAAGCAUAAUUUUGUUUUCUUUUUCUGAUAAUUAAAGUAAUUCAUAAUUAUGUUAAGCACUUCUUCAUACUUACAAAAACAGUUUUUUAAAGAUUUGAUUAAAAACUUGGAAAGUGAUUUUCAACUCAAACAAAUUAUAACAAAUAAUUUGGGAGGAAAACACAUGUAGGUUGAAGUUACUCUGGAAUCUUCUCUACUUUUGGUAGGCAUGACUUUACUCAUUAAUGUGUGCUUAUAUAUUCCCAUGGAGAUAUCUCAAUAUAUUCAUUGAGUAUAAAAAAGCAGAAGAUAUCAAUAUCAAAACAAAGGACAUGAAAGUGAAGUAGAGACUAGAAGGAACUUUUUGCAAUCUAGGCAAACGACGACAAAUUCCAAAAUAUCUGUUUUUGCCUGACUUUAGUAAUUUCAGGCAAAAACACUUGUUUUGUUUCUAUAGCAAACUAGCACAUUUUUCUGUGCUGCAAUAAAUUCCUCCAAACAUUGAAAAUUAGUAACCUUUAAAAAAAUAUUUUUAAACUGCCUCUAAAAAUGUAUCUAACUGCUCCUGUCUUGCUCCUGAUAGCACAGUGCAUCCGUGGUUAAUGCCGGCUUCUUGUCUAUCAUUAUUCACAAGCCACAGAGCAUGAGAGUGUCCCACCCUCCUUUGGAAAGCAGUCUCUCUGCUUUUCAGAAGCUCAGACAGCUCUAUAUGCUACGCAUGGAACUCGCAGAUCAUUAGGAGGGAAAAAAAGUAGAGUCUCAGAAAGGAAGGGAAACUAGGGCUGUUCUUAUCCAAUAUGCUCGUUAUUCACAAGAGAAAAUAGAGGUCCCAGGAACUGACUUAUCCAAGACUGUUUAGUGAGUUAAUGGCAGUGUCGGGAACUCUUACUGGAGGUCUAACUUUCUAACUUACAGGGCACUGCUCCAUAGUUCUCCACUUCUUAGUCCAGCUGGGACACAGUGGUACGGCUGUUCCAAUGGUUCAAAUGUUAAAUCCCUUAGCCUGGCUCAUAAACAGUUGCUACCUUGAACCUCCUUAGUGCUUUCCCCAUACUUCCAGAGAUCCUGGCCCCUCUCUAAGCACCCACCCCACCUUCCCAUGGUUCAGCCAUGAAAAGAACCUGCAGAGAGUCUCUGGAAUCCUGUCCCAAUAAUAUGGUAUCUGGUGUCAUUGGUCAAGCCAUGCCAUACUGGUGUUCAAUAUUUUGACUAUCAUCCCCUUAUUCUUUCUGGUCUAUAUACCCUUAAAUCGUGCAAAGAUUAUACAUUUCAAAUGUGACUUGAAUGCUUGUCAAUUAGAGACGUAAAAAUUGCCAGGUCCUAUUUUAUAAGGUGGUCAGAAUACUACAAGGUCUUUCUGUGGCCUCUCUUUCCAUGGUCUAUUAACUUGUUCCCCACUUCCAGAAUUCACCAUGCUAUCACAGAAAGGGUCGGUUAUACAAAGUGUGAAAUUUCUUUUCUUUAUAACCAAUAAUAAAACAUCAUCCUUUUUGCAAACA